UUUCUGGCUGCGAAUGGAGUGCUUGCUGAUGUUUCUCAUCUGAGUAGUGACCUGCAAGAGGAUGGUUAUCAUUACAAACAGCCAUCGGUGCCAUUUCCACCACCACCUUCGGGCAAUGAGAUAGACGAUACAGGCUACCAGCCACAGCCGCAGCCGCAACCGCAGCCGCAACCACAGCCGCAGCCUCAGCCAUCGUACCCAGCUCCUCGGCCGCAACCACAGCCGCAGCCUCAGCCAUCGUACCCAGCUCCUCGCCCACAGCCACAACCUCGACCACAGCCUCAACCCCAACCACAACCAUCCUAUGGAGCUCCCAGGCCACAACCACAACCCCAACCCCAACCCCAGCCACAACCAUCCUACCCAGCCCCAAGGCCACAACCACAACCACAACCACAACCGCAACCUCAACCCCAGCCUCAACCCACUUACGGCGCACCUCGACCCCAACCCCAGCCACAACCAUCCUACCCAGCCCCAAGGCCACAACCACNUCAACCCCAACCCCAGCCACAACCAUCCUACCCAGCCCCAAGGCCACAACCGCAACCACAACCACAACCUCAACCCCAACCCCAACCCCAACCCCAGCCACAACCAUCCUACCCAGCCCCAAGGCCACAACCACAACCACAACCGCAACCUCAACCCCAACCCCAGCCUCAACCCACUUACGGCGCACCUCGACCACAACCCCAACCCCAGCCUCAACCUUCAUAUCCAUCCUCUCAGCCACAACCACAGCCAUCGUAUCCUGCGCCAAGACCGCAGCCACAGCCACAGCCAAGUCGCCCAGCUCCGGCUCCGCGGCCACAACCGCAACCUCAGCCUAGCCGUCCUGCGCCAUCACCACAACCAGGCCCCGAAUAUCUUCCUCCUGAACAACCCCAGCAGCCAAGACCCCGGCCACAGCCACAACCACGCCCGCAACCUCAGCCGCAGCCUCAGCCUCAGCCAACAUAUCAGGCUCCACGCCCACGGCCUCAACCUCAACCACAGCCUUCUUACGGAGCUCCCCAGCCACAACCACAACCACAACCACAACCGCAACCACAACCGCGACCGCAACCACAACCACAGCCAUCAUAUCCUGCGCCACGUCCACAACCGCAACCACAACCACAACCGCGACCGCAACCACAACCACAACCAACACCAGGACCUGAAUAUAUCCCCCCAACAGCAGGUACCACAUACCAACCACGACCUCAACCCCCUGCGCCGGGUCCUACGUAUCAGCCGCGCCCACAACCCCCUUCGCCAGGUCCUACAUACCAGCCACGACCCCAACCACCUGCGCCAGGUCCUACAUACCAGCCACGACCCCAACCCCCUGCGCCAGGUCCUACAUACCAGCCACGUCCAGAUCAACCCCCUGCGCCGGGUCCUACGUAUCAGCCGCGCCCACAACCACCUUCGCCAGGUCCUACAUACCAGCCACGCCCGCAGCCAUCUACCCCUGGUACAACAUAUCAGCCACGACCCCAACCACCUGCGCCAGGUCCUACAUACCAGCCACGACCCCAACCCCCUGCGCCAGGUCCUACAUACCAGCCACGUCCAGAGCCAUCUACUCCUGGUACACCAUACCAACCGCGACCGCAACCACCUUCCCCUGGACCAACUUAUCAACCACGCCCACAGCCACAGCCAUCGACGCCUGCAAAGCCUGGUCCCGAAUACUUGCCACCCCCCGGUGAAAAUGAAGUAGGCCCAACGCAGCCAGCUCAACGCCCGAAACCACAACCGCAACCGCAACCGCGACCACAACCGCAACCACAACCACAACCCAGACCUCAACCAACGUAUCAGGCGCCACAGCCAGCUCAACCGGCGCCACAACCAACUUAUCCAGCACCACAGCCCUCACAGCCAGUUGGUCAAUCUACGUAUCCGGCACCGCGGCCCGCACAACCGUCGCCAGGUCCGACAUUCCCAGCACCAAGGCCAUCAUAUCCUGGAUCUCAGCCGUCUUUCCCGGCGCCACAGCCAACUCAACCAGCGCCGCAGCCAACAUACCCAGCACCCAGGCCGGAACCCAGUUACCCUGCGGGUCCAGGUGGUCCAGAAGGUCCAAGUGGACCGGAUGGUCCGACAGGCCCAGAAGGUCCCGAAGGUCCUCAGGGUCCAGAAGGUCCUGGCGGUCCUGGCGGUCCUAGUGGUCCCGAGGCUGGAUCUCUUGGACCAGAUGGUUACAACUACAACAAACCAUCAAGGCCCUUCUCCUAUUAAACAGCCGAACCCAAACACAUGAAACUCGCCCGUUAAGUAUUAUAAAAUUCUACGAAUGAGUAAAAAUUACAAAACAAUUGAAAAAGCCAACAAAUCAAACAAAAAACAUUAGCGCAUGAGCAACAUGUCUUCCAUAUGGUCUAAAAAUAGACAAACCAUCAUUUCUCACGAAAGCAAAUGCCAGUUGACACUUUACAUAAAA